AUGGAACCAUUGAGCUCCUUCCGUCAAAUCACUUUUGCCAUCUCCAUCAUAGUCUCCCUCAUUGGAAGCUUCGUCGCCCUAUCACCUCCUAAUCCCUCCACCAACGCCAUUCCUCGAACUGGAGACCUACUCCGGCGCGUUGGAAUCACGAGUAAGCAUGCGACUAAGAUCGUCCUGGCACCUGUAGGUGUUCUCGCACUUCAUGCCUCGGCACUCGCUUUCUACGCCCCAGACAUCCCACCACGUCUCUUCGGUUAUGGCCGCGAAAAUGGGCUCAACAAAGACCUCAUCACCUGGUCGGCGUCAACGUCGGUCCCUAUCUGCCUAAUCCUCCUUGUUGGCGUUCCCCUCCGCCUCAUGUCCUACUCAUAUCUAGGAACAAACUUUACGUUUGCCCUUGCAGAGCCAGAUCGCCUCACCACGACAGGUAUCUACAGAUACGUGCAGCACCCGAGCUAUACCGGUCUUUCCGCCAUCAUGGUUUCCACAAUCGCGCUGUUUGUUCGAUUUGAUGGCGCCGUGUGCUGCUGGAUCCCGCCGUCCCUGUACCCAGCCGCGAGAAAGCUUUGGUUUGUCGUCGCACCAGUGUUCAUCGCUGCUGGUCUGCUCGGCGUCAAGAUGCGUGUUAAGCAGGAGGAGGAGAUGCUUAGGGAUACAUUUGGGAGGAAAUGGGAAGAGUGGCAUGCGAGGACCCCAAGAUUUCUACCAUGGUUAUUUUAA